AUGUCUCAGCUUUUGGUUCGAAUCGCUAAGCUCUCAUCGUCCUCAAUUGUGAAGAAGAAGCAUGGACUCUGUUUCAGUGAAUUCCGUCGGUCACUGUCCACGGCGGCGACGCCGUAUCUCCUUUUCGACGAGACGUUCAAGGAUGAGAGGACACGAUCUGGUGAAGCAGUGGUCGAAUUGAACUUGUACGAUCCGAGGAAAGACGAAACAGUGACCAUCCCCGACCAGGCUCUGACGAAGGAGCUCCUCACAUCGUGGAAGACAGGAUCGUCGAGGGGAUGGGUGGUUGCGGAGGACAAAUCCGACUCGACAUUGCGUCUCACUAAUAUGUACAACCCUUGUGCCUCUGCUUCCUCACGCAAGGUUAUCUCUUUACCUCCAACUAAAUAUCAAAUCNNNGGAAUCUCNCUCUCGGCUUCGCCGGANNAGGAAGACUGUGUAGUGGCCGCCUUGUCACNUUGUUCAUCUCUNAUUAUGUGUCGGCCUGGUGACUCGGAAUGGACACCUAUCAUGGUCCCCUUAUAUACCUCAGGGAUGAUAUAUUCAGUGAGAGAUCAUAAAUUCUACCUCAACAAGAGGCUUAAGGGAAAUUACAAUGGUCCAAUUGAUUUCGUCGACACUAGCUCCGGCUUCCCUCAGAUGAGUCUGCACCAGCCUUCCCUCGUCGACCCUGACUCCGACUCCCUUUUCUCCGACAUCCCCGAGAGUAGACUAGAACAUCUUUACUCAGCUACCAUGGCUCAACACAUUGUCGAGUUUAACGAGGACUUCACCUUGAUCAUGGACGAAUGGGACGCUGUAUAUACCAAGAAACUUCCUUGUCAAUCCUCCAUCCUGAUCAAGCCCAAGGGGUUUGUGGUGUUUAGGCAAGACCCUGAGCAAAAGAUGAGUUCUUACACUGAAGACAUUGGCGAUCUAUGCAUUUUCCUAGGCAGCAACGAGGCCUUUUGCCUCUCUGCAACCGAGUAUCCUGGACUUAAGCCGAAUUCCAUCUACUUUGCAAGCACUUUAACGGGGUUUGGUUUCUACGACCUUUCCUCCAACACUGUCCACGAUGUCAUCAAUCCGCUCCCUCACUCAUGUCGCUACAGUUGGCUGGCCCCUCUCCAGUGA